AUUUUAGGUUAUAAAAUAAAUUGGUUUAUUGAAAGAAAAAAAUAUUAAUGUGGGAAAUGUAAUGGACAAUAGUUUUCGUUAACUAGAUAAUAUCGAAUAUAUUUCUUUUGGUACUAACCAACCGAAUAUUAUUUAAAAAACAACGAUGGCGAACUCUUUGAUUUCAAAGAUGGGCGCUCUACGCAUAGUCCCGGUAAUUAUAACACAGCCGUCGCGUACCACUACAACUAAACAUUAUAUACCAAAGUUUAAGAAGCAGAGGGCUCAGAAAUACCUGAAGGUGGAAUUACCGGAUCCAAAUGAGGACUUUGGUUCACUCAGCUCGAGUAAAAUCAGGCAGAAGAUGAAAGAGAGAGGCAUUUUGCCACCAAGACCCUGGAUGGAGCGACCCUUUUACCUCUCUGCUACAGGUGGUGUAUUUGAGCCCUACGUCCCACCAGAAGGUGAUGGCAAAGCCUCAUUCGUCUCUACCACACGUGCCAAGCAAGCUGUGGAACUUCUCGAGAAGAAAUCAAAGUCAAUGAUGGCAAUACGGAAAAUCAAAUCUUUUGAAGAGGAAUUUGAUCAAAAGGAGUUUGUAUUGCAAGCUCAGGACACUUAUAUCAAAGCUCAUGAAAGUCUCGCAAAUGAUGAUAAGAGGGCUCUAAGAACUUAUGUGACGGAAAAGGCAUAUCCGGAGUUCCGACAUAAUUCUCAUCUGAAAACUAUCCGGUGGAAGUUUAUUGAGUCACUGGAGCCUCCGCGAGUGGUGCAUGCUCGAUGCACUGAUGUUGUUAGCAAGGAGAACAUAUUUGGACAGGUCACAGUCCGCUUCCACACGCGCCAGCAGCUUGCAGUGUACGACAGAUUCGGUCGCCUUCUACACGGCAGCGAGAUCUUGGCCAAAGACGUUCUAGAAUACAUAGUCUUUGAGAAACAUCUCUCCAAUCUGUACGGAACUUGGCGCAUCCAUGAUAAGAUCAUCCCUGACUGGACUCCGCCUAAGGAACCUUCCAAAUUGACCAGGAUCAUGCCUGAACCAGAGCCUGAGAUUGUCAAAGUGGAGAGUACAGAGACUACAGAGCCGGUAGUCGCGACCACAACACCUGAACUUGCGGCUAAACCUGCAGCGCCCGCCGUCGCUGAUAAAUGAGAUGUAGAUAUAUAAAUAAAGUGUAGUGUACAGUC